UCCGGAAGUGCCCCUGAAGCGGCCGCGGGAGCCUCAGCGCGAUGGCUGCGGCGGCAGCUGCGUCCGAGGCCUGGCCCGAGCUGGAGCUGGCCGAGCGCGAGCGGCGGCGCGAACUGCUGCUGACGGGGCCCGGGCUGGAGGAGCGGGUGCGGGCGGCGGGAGGGCGGCUGCCGCCGCGGCUCUUCACGCUUCCGCUGCUGCACUACCUGGAGGUGAGCGGCUGCGGGAGCCUGCGGGAGCCGGGGCCAGGCCUGGCGCAGGGCCUCCCGCAGCUGCACAGCCUGGUGCUGCGGCGCAACGCGCUGGGGCCCGGCCUGCGCCCUGAGCUCGGCCCGCUGCCGGCGCUGCGCGUGCUCGACCUGUCGGGCAACGCGCUGGAGGCGCUGCCGCCGGGCCAGGGCCUAGGACCCGCCGAGCCGCCGGGCCUCCCGCAGCUGCAGAGCCUCAACCUCAGCGGCAAUCGGCUGCGCGAGCUGCCUGCUGACCUGGCGCUCUGCGCCCCGCGCCUGCAGAGCCUCAACCUCACUGCCAACUGCCUGGACUCCUUCCCCGCCGAGCUCUUCCGCCCCGGCGCGCUGCCCCUGCUCAGCGAACUGGCUGCCGCCGACAACUGCCUCCGAGAGCUCAGCCCAGACAUCGCCCACCUGGCCUCGCUAAAGACACUGGACCUCUCCAACAAUCGGCUGAGCGAGAUCCCGGCAGAGCUUGCCGACUGCCCCAAGCUCAAGGAGAUCAACUUCCGGGGCAACAAGCUGAAGGACAGGCGCCUGGAGAAGAUGGUCAGCGGCUGCCAGACACGGUCCAUCCUGGAGUACCUGCGCGUCGGCGGUCGUGGCUGCAGCAGGGGCAGGGCCAGGGCCGAAGGCCCUGAGAAGGAUGAAGGCCGGAAGAAGAGGCGCGAGAAGAGGAGGGAGGGCAGCGAGGGCAAGGAGGCAGCGGUGGACGAGGCCGGCCGGCUGCUGCUCCAGGUCCUGCACGUCUCCGAGAACCCAGCCCCGCUGACAGUGCAGGUGACGCCCGCAGUCAGGGACGUGCGGCCCUUCAUCGUGGGCACUGUAGUCAGGGGCAUGGACCUGCAAACUGGGAACGCGCUCAGGCGCUUCCUCGCCUCCCAGACAAAGCUCCACGAGGACCUCUGUGAGAAGCGAACGGCAGCCACCAUUGCGACCCAUGACCUCCGAGCCGUCCGCGGGCCGCUACUUUAUGCCACUCGCCCACCACAGGACCUCAAGGUUGUCCCCUUGGGGCGCAGAGAAGUCAAGGCCAAGGACCUGGUGCGGCAGCUACAGCUGGAGGCCGAGGAACACAGGAAGCAGAAGAGGAGGCAAAACGUGUCAGGCCUGCACAGGUACCUCCACUUACUGGAUGGGAAAGAAAACUACCCUUGCCUGGUGGACGCAGACGGCGAUGUGAUUUCCUUCCCACCAAUAACAAACAGUGAGAAGACCAAGAUUAAGAAAACAACCUCAGAUCUGUUUUUGGAGGUAACAAGUGCUACUAGCCUGCAAAUCUGUAAGGAGGUCAUGGAUGCCCUGGUUCUGAAAAUGGCAGAAAUCAACAAAUACACCUUAGAAAAUAAAGAGGAAGGCUCCCUCUCAGAUACCGAAGCUGAUGGCGUUUCUGGACAACUUUCAGAUCCCAGAAUGGAUCCAAGCGCUGGGAGAGAUGGCGGCGCCCUGCUGGUGGUGGAGCAGGUCCGGGUGGUGGACGAGGAGGGGCACCUGAAGGUGGUGUACCCGUCCAAGACAGACCUGGCCGCCGCGGCCGCCCACAUAACUGUGGUCCGCUGACGGGCCGCCGCGGUGGGCACCGCGGGCACACCUCUGGCCUGCGGUGCGUGCUCCUGCUCUGCGGAGUUUGUGUGUGCUGACAGUGCGCUAUUCACAGCUCCACCUUGGGGCUUUUUAAGAUAGGUGCAUCUUUGUUCAGCUUUCCAGACGAUGCAAUGGUAAAGUGCUGCGGUUGUCCGUGCGUGAGUGCAGUGCCUUUACACCAGACUGACCGACCUUCUUGGAAUCGCCUGAAUGUCAGAAUGUUCUGAGGUCAUGUGGACAGACAGCAAAUAACUGUUCACAAGGAAGAAACACACUGAUUAGUUUGAAUAUUCAGUUCUUAACCGAGAAGCUAAAUAACGUGCAUUUUACUGAAUUGCAGUUAUUUUUCUAUGACAUAGCACCUUUUAAAGUCCUACUGUACCAGUUGUGCAGCUUAGGAACGUGGAGCAACAUCGUUAUUUGCCAGCUUGCCACAAAUCAUUUUAUUAAAAAAAGGUUUUUUAAUGUGA